UUAGAUGUCCUGUGUGACAGGGGAGGUGACCUUAGAUGUGCUGUGUGUGACAGGGGAGGAGGUGACCUUAGAUGUGCUGUGUGUGACAGGGGAGGAGGUGACCUUAGAUGUGCUGUGUGUGACAGGGGAGGAGGUGACCUUAGAUGUGCUGUGUGUGACAGGGGAGGAGGUGACCUUAGAUGUGCUGUGUGUGACAGGGGAGGAGGUGACCUUAGAUGUGCUGUGUGUGACAGGGGAGGAGGUGACCUUAGAUGUGCUGUGUGUGACAGGGGAGGAGGUGACCUUAGAUGUGCUGUGUGUGACAGGGGAGGAGGUGACCUUAGAUGUGCUGUGUGUGACAGGGGAGGAGGUGACCUUAGAUGUGCUGUGUGUGACAGGGGAGGAGGUGACCUUAGAUGUGCUGUGUGUGACAGGGGAGGAGGUGACCUUAGAUGUGCUGUGUGUGACAGGGGAGGAGGUGACCUUAGAUGUGCUGUGUGUGACAGGGGAGGAGGUGACCUUAGAUGUGCUGUGUGUGACAGGGGAGGAGGUGACCUUAGAUGUGCUGUGUGUGACAGGGGAGGAGGUGACCUUAGAUGUGCUGUGUGUGACAGGGGAGGAGGUGACCUUAGAUGUCCUGUGUGUGACAGGGGAGAAGGUGACCUUAGAUGUGCUGUGUGUGACAGGGGAGAAGGUGACCUUAGAUGUCCUGUGUGACAGUGGAGGAGAGCAGAAGGUGGCUUUUGGAGCAGCUUUUCCAGAAAACACGGCUGCGUAAUGAACGCCAUUGUACCUCGCGUGACUAGCGGCUACGGGCCGUGAGACAGUCUCUUAAAGUUUCAAAAUAAGGAAGUGUUUAAAGUAUUUCUGGGGGCUGGCGCUGUGGCUCACUUGGCUAAUCCUCUGCCUACAGUGCCGGCAUCCCAUAUGGGCGCCAAGUUCUAGUCCUGGUUGCCCCUCUUCCAGGCCAGCUCUCGGCUGUGGCCCGGGAGUGCAGUGGAGGAUGGCCCAGGUGCUUGGGGCAUGCACCCGCAUGGGAGACCAGGAGAAGUACCUGGCUCCUGCCUUCGGAUCAGCGCAGCGUGCCGGCCGUGGCGGCCAUUUGGGGGGUGAACCAACAGAAGGAGGACCUUUCUCUCUGUCUCUCUCACUGUCUGUAUCUGUCCAAAAAAAAAAAGUAUUUCUGAAAGAUGAUUCAAGGAAGAAUUGCAAAUCAGUUUUCUUGUUGUGUUUUCGUUGAGAUAAAAUGCAGUUGAUGUUUUAAUAAAUUGUCAGAUCGCUGUGGGCUCUGCCUGUGGACUGUCUACCCUCGGGCCCUGCAGUGCUAAGCGACACAGCCUGUCCACCCUGUCUGCCCUCGCUCCCGCCAGCUCUCCCUGCUCCUGCCGGUGCUCUCAGACCCUCCUUGUUCUCGGGGGGGGGGGGGGGGGCGCCGGUCCCAUGAGCCUCCUCUCCGCGCCCCUCUGGCUCCCCGCUGCGGUUCUGCCGUAGGCCCUGGGCACACUGGCAGCACGCGCCCCCUCUGGGCCUGACUGCUUUCCUGAGACACCGCGCUGUCCUGUUCCCGCCUGCGGGCCUCCGCCCGGGCUCCCCUCCCCAGCACGGCCCCCCCUGCGCAGGUGCAGCCGCACACUCAGGAGUCGCGCUGUUGCCUCGUGUGUUCCCCCAGGACCGGGCAGGCAGCAUUGUGCUGAAGGUGCUCAUCUCCUUCAAGGCCGGCGACAUAGAAAAGGCCGUGCAGUCCCUGG